CAAAUCAUCAUUAUAUAAUAGCCGUCACCCAUAUGGUGCAAAAUGUCGAUCACAAUGGUCCAUAUUAUCAAUGGUCAAUACAAUUGUGGUAACAAUAAUGUUAUCAUUAUCGUUAAACCUGUUGCUGGCUCAUUUUCAUCAACAUCCAACCAUUGGUGUCUAUUCAUGGAAUUGGGAUCAACAUAUUUCCGAAGAACUAUUGGAUCGUUUUAUUUGUCUUCGUGCCAAAGGAUUCUUUCCGCACGAACAACGCUGUGAUCAUUUUUAUGAAUGUCGUAAUGGUACCAUUGUUAAUGAAGGAAUCUGUAGGCCUGGACUUCGUUUUGAUUAUCGUUAUCGGAAAAAACCACGCUGUAUACCAUUAGAUCAGAUUGAUUGUCGUAUUACACAAAUUGAUUAUAAUGAAUUUAAUGAUAAUCCAGAACCGACAUUCCUUUCCAAUCAUCAUUAUCAAACAGAAUCGACAACAAUGAUGCCAACAACUAUGGCGACAACAACAACAACAACAACGACCACAACUACAACGCCUUCACCACCAUUGUUAAGUAUUCAUCGUCAAAUACAUCAUCAUCAUCAUCAUCAUCAAGUCCCAUCAUCGGCGACUGCUACAAAUCAUCGUCAUCAUCAUAAUCAUCGAUCACUACCAUCAUCAUCUUCAUCACCACAUUAUCGUCAUUUUAAUUCAAUGACUACGGCCACCCAUUUUACACCUUCAUCAUCAUCAUCAUCAUCAGCUAAUACAAACUCAAGAGCAAUAUCAACAACAACUACAGCAGCAACUACAACCUCACCGGCUGCUGCCAUAUCUAUAAUGCCAACCACAACUGAAUCUCCAACAUCAUCAACAUCAUUUCAGAAUGGUCGCAAUGAACAAAGUAUCAAUCGUCAUAACCAUUAUCAACGUGCUACUACAGCUGAUACAACAGCCGAAAUGGCUAAAGCAAAUGAUGAAGAAAAUUUCCUGAAUAAAAAACGUAAAUUACUAAAAAAACCAUUAAAAUUACGCCGGCAACGAUUGCAACAUGAUGAGAUUGAAGAUUCCAAUUCGAUGUCGGCUACAACAUCCGGAACGAUCAAUGACAACAACAACAACAACAGUCAUCAUCAACGUCACCAUCAGCUACAAUCGCAAACACCACCACCACGAUUAACCGAACAGAUCCUGACACGAGCGAUUUCAUCUUUAAACUAUGAUCAAAAUCCCAGUCAACCACGGCAAAAAUCGAUCCAUUGUCCACACCCGAAUGGCUAUUAUCCGGAUCGUGAUGAUUGUAGAAAAUUUUAUGCUUGUGACGAUGGCCGAGCUUUUCUUAUGUCUUGUCCACUUGGUUUAGCCUAUGAUGAAAUGACCGGUACUUGUUCAUGGCCAGAUAUGGUUGAAGGUUGUCGUAGUGAAGAAAUGCUUCGAUUUAAUUGUCCUGAACCGAAUGAAAAUGAAAUUCUCGAUUAUGGUGAUCCACGCUAUCCAACCAGUGAUUGUCGUAAAUUUGUUGUCUGUAUUCAAUCAGAAAUACAUGGUGCUCGUACACCUCGAUUGCUUGGCUGUGAAGAAGGAUUAGUAUUCAAUCCUGAUUCACGGGAAUGUGAUUAUCCGGAAAAUGUACCUACCUGGUAA